UCGGCCAUAGUCGGCACAAAGCUCACGUCACUUCAGUACAAUUUUACGGCACUUGGAAUUUGACGUGUGACAGUAAAUUGGCAAAUUGCAACUUUCCGCACAGUUGCAGGUUGAUAGUGUUUCGAAAAUAAAGACUGUCUGUAAUGAAAUAGUGAUUAAAAUGGCUGAGAGUAAAGGUGCGUUAAUCGCGAAAUCAGUGCAAAAACAUGCCGGACGUGCAAAGGAGAAGCUGCUACAAAACCUGGGCAAAGUAGACCGGACACUAGACGACAUCUUCGAGGAGCACCUGCAGAACUUCAACCGACAGCACCAGACGGCCACCAGGCUUCAGAAGGAAUUCAACAAUUACAUACGAUGCAUACGAGCGGUUCAAACAGCAUCCAAGUCGCUGAUGGAGGCGAUCACAGAAGUGUACGAGAGCGGCUGGUCGGGCCACGACCUGCUGUAUGUGCAGGCGCAGAACAUGGAGAUGCUGUGGCAGGACUUCUCGCACAAGCUCGGCGACCAAGUGCUCAUCCCGCUCAACACCUACACCAACCAGUUCCCUGAAGUUAGGAAAAAGAUCGAGAAACGUGGUCGGAAGCUAGUGGACUACGAUGGACAGAGACAUAGUUUCCAGAACCUGCAGGCGAAUGCGGCUAAAAGAAGAGACGACGUGAAGGUAACCAAAGGUCGGGAGCAGCUAGAGGAAGCCAAACGCACAUACGAGAUCCUGAACUCGGAACUGCACGACGAGUUGCCAGCCCUAUACGACUCACGUGUUUUGUUCUUUGUCAACAAUCUACAGACAUUGUUCAGCGCUGAACAGCUCUUCCACUCCGAGAGUUCAAAGGUAUACGCGGAACUGGAAGCGAUAACAGACAAGCUAGCGAUGGACAGCCAACGCGGCUCGUACAAGAAGCCGUCGAUCAAGGCGCUGCCCGCCACUAACGGCAACGCGGCCUCGCCCACCAACACUGUGCAGACGCCGUCCCCCGCGCUCAACGGAGACUCGCCGCCCUCCACGCCCGCCUCGCCGUCCCCCGCGCCCUCCUCCCCCGGCGGCGACGUGUCCCCCGCGCCGGCCGACCAGCUCCCCGCGCCGCGCACCCCCGAGCCCGCGCCGCCCGCGCGCCGCGACCCCUCCUCGCCGCCCGUCACGCCCGCCGCGCCACCCGACGAUAAGAAGGUUGAAGAACUAUAUGACAUCCCUGUCGGGUCGCCGGGUGCAGUACCCAAGCUCAACAACAACGAGGAAGCGAGACAGCAGGACGACACGCACAACGAUACAACGGAUAAGAAAGAGACGGACAAACUCAACCAGACGCCCAAAACAGAAGAGGUGUAUGACAUACCCGUCGGGGCGACUCUGGCGGGCUUGCCGGCCGGCACGCUGUACCGCGUGCGCGCGACGUACCGCUACACGCGCGAGGACUGCGACGAGCUGUCAUUCGAGGUGGGCGACAUCAUACGCGUCGUGGAGUACGACGAUCCAGACGAACAGGAGGAAGGCUGGCUAAUGGGUAUAAAGGAAUCGACCAAUGAGAAGGGCAUGUUCCCCGCCAACUUCACGCGGCCUAUCUGAGCGGUCCGUACUGCGUAACACUACAUACCGGUGUUGUAGUAUGUAGCGGACCGCGGGGCGUCCGUAGUCCGUACCACUCGCGUACAGUACUACUACUUUUAUAUGUUGCAUCGACAAUACUCGCAAAGGAAACCCAUUAAAGCCGAAUGCACACCAAUAAAAUAUAGACCUUAUUACUUGACGAUAAGAUUUUAAACACAAGGACAACGCGCGUGACGCGUGCUGUCUUACUCAUAAUACACGCAUACAAAACAUGGCGCGUAGGUAUCAACCAAUAGCGGACGGACGCGCGCUUUAAUUGGCUGAAAUAUUCGCGCGCCAUUCAAAAAUAAGAUUUCUGCGCAGGUACAUCCGCGUAACUUAUAAAAAUGGUAGUACUGUACGCUAACUUUGAUGUGAAUAGAGCAAUGCGUACAGUGUUUUGAAUUCACCGAAUAUAUGAUGCGUCCAAACUAAGAAUAGGAAUGAAUUUCCGCCAUAUUGUGACGCCUUAGCUGGAAAUGUGUCUUGAUUCAAUAUAUUUUUAAUAGAUUUUUAGUACUAAGACUCAAUAAAAUAAUGUAGAAAAAAUCGUUAUAACGUUCUAUGCAAAGUAUUUUUCUUGCGAACCGUAGUUUGCAAUUGACAGUUGACAGAAAGAGGUCAUACGGCUUUCCUAAUCUUAGUUUGGACGUAUUUUACAGGCUGUUAUUUUUGGGAACGGUCAGUUAAUUUUGUAACUAUUAUAGAGAAAUAUAUCAAAUCCGAAUAUGGUAUUAAAGUCGUUUUUUUUCUUUGUUAAAAAUCGAGCUAUCCGGUCUAUAAAAAAAAACUAAUAUGUGAUUUUAAAAUAAGUAUUUGACUUGUUUAAGAAUGCUAUUAAAACAAAUAACGCUCUUUUUAUAUUAAUCCUACUAUAUUAUACUCGUAGAUUUUUUUCGGAUUUUCGUAACACUGUGCGCAUCGUGAAAGUUAGCGUUUAGUUGUUGAGCGUUACUAGAUAUAUAUUAUUUAUUGUCUGUAUUGUAUUACAACGAAAUGUAAUAUAAUAUUAUGUGCGCCUCCCGUUUAUUUUGUCAAUUUUAUUUUACUUGAUUACCGAAUAUACUGUUUCUAUAUUUUCACAGCCGACAAAAGAAAUGUAAUAAACAUAUCUGAAACUUUGGUAUUUUUUAUGUAUUGUAUAUUUUAGACGAGUUUUAUGAAAUUAUUGUAUUAUAAUAAUCUCAAAAAAUUGCUCAGUCGUAAUUAUUAUUCUUAAAAUUUAUAUUAUUAAUAAGAAGUGACCUUACAUUAAAUUUGAUAAUAUAAUAAUAUGGUGACGAAAUAAUCUUUGAUACUUAAAUCUUCCAAAAAAAUUUAUCUCCAAGUUAAAGAUAGUAAAAAUUGUAAUAAUAUUUAUUAUUAAUACAUAUUUAAUUAAAAAUACGACUGUGUUAAAAUUAAUAUAUUCAAUAGUAAAAAUAUCAGAACUAAUGGUUAUUAUUGAUAAAUAAUGGUUAUUUUAAAAUUUUCUUAAAUUAGUAUUUUCUAUUCUUCUAUAGUUUUUGUUGCAAUCCAUGUUUCCGUCUCUUAUAUUUUAAAUUAAUAAUAUAUUAUAAUUAAAUUAUUGCAUUUUAUUUACAUAAUAAUAAUUGUCUUUAAUGUCUGGUUGCAUUUGAAUUGUUUGACUGUUUUGAUAUUUAUUUAGUAGUUUUAUUUUGAACAUUUUCUGUAUUCUUUGAAUCAUUUUUUAUAUUAUUUAAUUUAUUUAAUGAAAAUUAUUAGAUUAACUUCAAAUUUUUAAUUAUUAUUAUUAAGGACAAACAUUAAUGUGUUUCAUUAUUCCUAUUGGUUUUGUCUUUUUUUUUUUGUUUGAAUUCCUAUGUAUGUAUUAUUCUUAAUUCUUCAUUACCAACCAACUAGCUUUAGUGUACAUAUAUAAAUCAGUUUUAAAUUGUUGACCUUUUAUUAUUGUUAAAGCCAUUAUUUUAACAUAGCAAGUAAUUUAAUCGAAUAUUUAUACUUAUUAUUUUAUCUGUAAACUUGCUUCCUUAAUCGGUUUUAUCAGUUUUACAAUAUAAUUUUGUUUUAAUCCUAUUAGUGAACUGAUUACUAAUGUUUAUUAAUUAGGGAUGCUUACAAUAAUUAACUGAAGGCAGGAGACAUUUUUCAAUUUUGAGGAAAUAUAAAUACUUAUUUUUUAAGGCAUAGUUAACAUCAUAAAAAAUAUAUAUAAAUUGUUAAGCGAGAAAUAAUAAUUAUAAAUAAAAAACAAAAUAAUAAAAAAUGAAAAAUGUCCCCAUAUCCAAAUGAACCGAUCAAGAAACUACCCAUAUGAACAUUUGUGUCAAAACUGGUGCUUUUGGGUGUGUAAAUACAUAAUCACCUUUUCAUUACCAUAUGUUAGAAAUAAGGAAAGAUUGAAUUACAAACUAUAAUCAAACACUCCCAAUUAUAUUUUAGUUGUAUACUCUUUGAACGCAGUGUAACAGUGAGUGAAAGUUCUUAAAAAAAAGCAAAAAUGAAGUCAAAAGCCAUAAGAUCAUUAUUUACUUAGACUACCUUUGGUCAAUAUUAAAAGGAUUAAAACGACUGAUGUUAUGUAGGAAUUGAAUGUAAAUUUCUAAGUAGUCUAUUCGCGACGUUACAUGUGGCUUUUGUCGUCAGCAGUGCCAUGCGAAGGUCCAUAAUAGAUGAUAAUUUAUAAGUUUGUUAAGAUUUGUACAGUUUUUACAACUGCAAAUAAAAUGUUUCUCACAAAA